AUGGCCGGAGGUGCUACCAAGUUCCGCCAUUUGAGCCGCAAGUCCUCCCACAGACAGGCUCUGCUCCGCAACCUCGUCACCUCCCUCUUCCAGCAUGAAUCCAUCACAACCACAUGGGCCAAGGCCAAGGAGGCGCAACGACUGGCCGAGAAGUUGAUCACCCUGGGCAAGAAGAACACCGAAGCCAGUCGGAAACGCGCAUUGUCGACGUUUUAUACCCCCCACGAGCUCCUCCCCAAACUCUUCGGUCCUCUUCGUGAACGCUACGCCGAACGCCCCGGUGGCUACACGCGAGUUCUGCGCGUCGAACCCAAGAAGGACGAUCAAGCCGCCAGCGCAAUCCUGGAGUUGGUAGAUGGACCUAAAGAUAUGCGGUUUGCUUUGACGGCGCGGACAGUUGCUAGGCAGCGGUCUCAGGGCCUGGAGACCCUCAAUGAACUCACUACGAUGAAUGUCAAUAAGGUCACACGGUUCCGGAAAGGAGGGAUUGCUGAUCUGGAGAGGGAGAUCAAGCGGUUAGAGAUCACGGGUCACGGGAAGGAGGACGCGGGGAAGGCGAAGCCUGCGAAGCAAUAA